UUUGAUUUCACAGUAGUACGUAUAUGAAAAUGCUAGAAACACUUUCUCGAUAUUUUUAUAAAAAUACCUAUUAGAAAUUAAUAAAAAAAAGUGUAUUAAUAAUAUAAAUAUAACAAUUCAAGAUGAUCAUACUUUCGCUAGUAAUGAUCCUGAUGACUCUGGUCUACGUCCACUACAAAUACACAUUUGGACAAUUUCGUUGGAGACGUGUUCCCCACGAAAAGGGAUUGCCCUUGGUGGGCAACAUGCUAGAUUGCAUUUUGCAGAAGAGACACAUCAUUGACGUUAUGCACGAAAUUUAUCAGAAGUUUCCUGAUUUUCCCUAUUUUGGUUUCUACCGGUUCUGCACACCAGUUUUCGUCAUCAGAGAUCUGCAACUGGCGAGGCAGAUUCUGGUGAAGGAUUUUAACUAUUUUAAGGAUACUGAUUUGCAUUGUACUGAUGAUGAUAUUCUUCUGAAGAAGAAUAUUUUUAUGAUGAAAGGAGAAAAAUGGAGAGAGUAUAGAGAGAAGGUUGCGCCCAUGCUGUCUUCCGGAAAGAUUCGAUUGGUUUUUCCAUUGCUGUAUAAAACAUGUGAAGAUCUGGUCAAACAUAUCAGAAAUGCAGAAGGAUCAUCAACUACUGGAUUGGAAACAAGAGAGUUAAGUAACAAAUACACAACCGAAGUCAUAGCAUCAUGUGCUUUUGGAUUGGAGGCAAAUUGUUUGAACAAUUUUAGGGAAGAUUCAAUUUUCAGGGAAAUGGGCAAAAAAAUCUUCGAACCCACAACUUGGACAUCUAUCAAUAUAACAUUAGUUACAGCAGUUCCAAUUUUAUCUAAAUUUAUAAACAUAAGAUUUGUUCCUGAAUUAGUAACAGAUUGGAUAAUAAAAAUGGUCCAGGACACAGUCCAAUAUCGAAAGGAUAACAAAAUCAAAAGAGAUGAUUUUCUGCAAAAUCUUAUGCAAUUGCACGAUCAGACAGAUGGACAGAAAUUUACCAUGGAAGAUAUAGCAGCACAAUGUACCAGCUUUCUUCUGGAUGGAUUUGAAACUUCAGGAUCAGUUAUAUGUUUAGCUUUAUACGAGAUUGCCAAGAAUCCAGAUGUCCAAGAGAGAAUGGUGAAGGAAAUUGAAGAAGUGCUGAAAGGUCACGAAAACAAAGUCACUUAUGAUGCAAUGAUUGAGAUGACAUAUUUGGAUGCUGUUAUUAAUGAAACAUUACGCAAAUGGCCAAUAGUAGCAGCCUUUCCAAGAACCUGCACCAAAGACUACGAAUUGCCUCCAUUUGAAGGAGGCCCCAAAAGGGCAAUCGGAAUAAAAAGAGGAGACUCUGUACAUGUAGCUAUUGGAUCAUUCCACAAAGAUCCGCAGUACUUCUCCAAUCCAGAUAAAUUUGAUCCAUCAAGAUUUUUUGAAGGUUCUACAGAGACUUUUACGAAAGAUGCUUUUUUCCCAUGGGGGGCAGGACCAAGGCUUUGCCUAGGUCAAAGAUUUGCCUUCUUGCAAAUCAAGACGAGUGUAAUGGCAGUCGUGAGAUUUUUCAAAUUGAAAAUUUCUGAAGGAAAAGAUGCAGACCCUAAAUUGGACCCUAGAAGCUUCAUGCCGAGACUGGUUGGUGGUGCAUGGAUAACUUAUACACCGAGAUAAAAGAUGACUAGUGGAUUUAAGGCUUGAAAAUUAAUUUAUUUUGUAUUUAUUUAUAC